UCUAGUCCACCUGAUAGUAAACAUUCCCCCUGCACCGACCAGAAACGACUUCCCUCAGCAAGGUUUUUCUCAUGAUCUGUGGACAGUACUGCGAUGCAGGAACAUUUGAGUGGGUAGAACGUGGUUAUACAAUACUGCUGCAGUAUCACGUAUGAUUCAACAAACAAAAUAAAAAAGUACUUCCUUUCCUGGAACUGCUCAGGGCUGUCCACUAAGCAGUAGGAACAACCUAUUUAAAGGCUGUUGAGAUGACUAUAGCCGCCAUGAUGGUGCAUAUAUCGGCUCAGUUCGCGAUCCUCUGCACUGCUUUGGAGGACGUGGAUAAAAUAACAUCUGUUUCCGAGGAGAAGAUGUACUCAGACACAAGAAAACUCUUUGGGCGAGAGACAACUUCCUUGGAAGGUACUGAUGACCCUGAAGUCAUAGUUUUGGGAUCACAAGAAUGGAAAGUUAUCCAGACAAGAAGGGCUACUGACUGUAAUACUGUCGACAUGGACCUCCAGCAUAACGAGAGGAAGAAUGAGGAUUUUCCAGAACUGACGUGUUAUUUAGCAAACUUCGUCCAGUACCAUCAAGCUGUAAUCGAGUUCGUUGCAGAUGUGGACAAAGCUGUUGGUCCAAUAUUCCUUGUGUGUUUCUUCAUUCGUCAAUUUCUGGCAUGUGUUAUGUCAUUCCAAGUGGCACUGACAUGGGGUCAAGAUAACAAUAUUUUGAAAUUCAUAUUUGGUUUUCUUGGUUCUAUGUGUUCUCCAGCUAUAUUCUGCUGGUAUGGUACUGCCAUCAUACAAAGUAGUCUGGAACUACAGAGGGCAGCAUAUGAAUGCAAGUGGUACCAGCAUUCACAAAUACUGAAACACUACAUGCUGAUGAUUAUUGUUCGUUCUCAGAAACCUGUACGUCUCUCAGCUUGUCAGUUCUAUGUUAUAUCCUUACAGACAUUUGGCAAGAUGAUAAAUACAAUAUAUGCCUACUUCACCCUUCUCAAGAACCAGUAUGAGAACUGAUCACAAACACACAACACUGCAGCGAAGAACACAUGCAUACUAUUCGUACAUGUAGUUACAUUUACUUAUGUUUGGGCUAAGGUAACUAAUAGUUAACUUUAGUCUUCUGCAAUGCCUAUUAACUAAUAGAACUAGUACAAUCAAUGAUGAUAAAUUUAUGCCAGUUGAAUUGUUAUGAACAGUAACAAUCUCAUUUUGUGUAACAUCCUUUCACAAAAUGUCCUCUGUUUAUCUGAAACUUGAACUGAAAGAAGAAUGUUAUAUGUGAUAAAAUACAACUUCAUCUCUGAAACUGGAAGAAUUUCAAUUUAAUAUGGUAUUGGGGGUCUGCACUAAAAGGGAAAUAUAUAAUUUUAGUUCUUAUCAGGUUCCUUAGACACCAUUUACAGCAGGGAAAAUUUGUACAAAUGUGAAGAUAGCAAUAAGAUAUAAAACCUUUUUUUGUCAUGGGAAAUAACUGACAACAUAAAAUAUAAUCUAACUCUAGGCAGUGUAUACAGCUUUGCAGCAAUAGACUAGAAAUGGUAAAAUCACAGGCGUUAUUACUGAUUCCUUUGUAUUCUUGAAGAAAAUGCAGUUAUUUAAAUAGUAGGCGAGAUUUAAGGUUCUCACAGGAGCAAGUGGGUUUAGGACACUGCCACCGGGUAUAAACCCAUUUGCAGUCAAUAAUAAAUAAUAA